GGCGGAGGAGGAGGAGGAGGUGACCACAAGGGUUCAGCCCAGACCUCAAUUGGGUUAACCGCGACGGAGCUGCUUGGCUCUUUCUUUGAGCAGUCUGUGCUCCGAAACCGUGCUUGCUUGCGGUGACAGCUUCGUAGGUGCAGGGAUUAUGAACAGGAGAGAGAAGAGGAGGACGGAGGACAGGGGGGUCGAGAAGGGACACGGUAAGUUAGAGGUAGUAUUAGUAGUACUGUUGCGUUGAGCAUAGUUGUUGGCUAGAUAUGAGUAUGGAUGCCGCCGCUCACACCGCCUCCUCGACGUCGAUGCUUGCGCCGUCCGUGUCUCUGCGGCCGGGUGGAGGUAGGUCAGUCGCAUUUCGGCCUUUCAGAGGAGGAAGCAACUUGAGUAGCACCCAGCAGAGCAGCAACGUCGGCCAGGGAGGAACGCAUCAAGAAGAAGGUGUUGGGAACCCUAGCGUGCGGAGGUUUGUUGGGGUGCCCCCGGAAAUUGGGUCCGUGAGGAGCUCUCGCGAUAGGAUCCGGUACAGCAGGGAUCGAUUGUUGCGGUUCAAGGAUGAGUGCACGGAGGCGCCGGAGGAGCUGGUGAACUCGGGGAUCGAUGGGUUGAUCAACAGCGGUGGUGCGGACGACUGGAUCAGGAGAGAGCCUAGGGAUGUGCCCCAGUCGCCGGCGUUCGGAGGUGCGGAGCCUGAUAACAGGGAUUGGAAGAGCCGAGCGCCGAUCCCUGCACCCACGGUCGCGCAGGAGGAUAGAUCAUCGUCUCGCGAUCAGCAGAGAGACAGAAACCCUAAGCAGCGCAAUGACAGGGGCGAUAGGAGUGAUAGGAGCGACAACCGAGGUGCGCGCGAGCAAUCGAAUUCUUCUCAGGCGCAGCGGCAGCAGGAGAGCGCAGCGUCAGGACCGCUGCCCGCAAUCGUGAAGGCUGCGAAUCCGUGGUCGGCUCGGAGGGGAGCGCAAUCGGAGAAGGAGAAGGUGUACCGAACGGUGAAGGGGAUUUUGAACAAGCUGACGCCGGAGAAGUACGAUCUGCUGGCGGAACAGAUGAUGCAAGCGGGAAUCAGCUCGGCAGAGAUACUGCAGGGCGUGAUUUCUCUCAUCUUCGACAAGGCGGUGCUGGAGCCGACGUUCUGUGCGAUGUACGCCCGGCUGUGCUUGCAGCUGAGCAAGGAGCUGCCGGAGUUUCCGAGCGAGCAAGCUGGAGACAAGCCGAUAACGUUCAGGCGAGUGUUGCUGAACACGUGCCAGGAGGAGUUCGAGGGCGCGGACGCGAUGCGAGAGGAGAUAAAGAAGCUGACCCGGGCGGAGCAGGCAGUGGAGCGGGACGAGAAGGAGAAGAAGGUGAAGUUGCGGACGUUGGGGAACAUCAAGCUGAUCGGCGAGCUGUUCAAGCAGAAGAUGCUGCCGGAGAAGAUCGUGCAUGCGUGCAUCCAAGAGCUGCUGGGGCAGGAUCCGAAGGGCAUACCGGCAGAGGAGAACGUGGAGGCGCUGUGCCACCUGUUCACGACGGUGGGGAAGCAGCUGGAGGAGAGUGCGAAGUCGAAGAUGGCGUUCGACACGUACUUUGCGCGGCUGAAGGUGAUCGGGGACAGCAAGAAUUUGGCAUCCCGAAUACGGUUCAUGGUGCGGGACAUCCUGGACAUGAGGUCGAACAAGUGGGUGCCGAGGCGGGAGGAGAUGAAGGCGAAGACGAUCAACGAGAUCCACGCGGAGGCGGAAGCGAAAUUGGGACUACGGCCGGGGAUGAUGGCGCUGCGGAACGGGAGAGCUGCGAUGCCAGGGUUUAUGCCAGGGUCGGGAGGCAUGAUGCCGGGCAUGCCAGGAAUGCCCGGGAUGGCGGGAAUGCCAGGAGCACCAGGGGGAAUGCCCGGAGCACCAGGGGGGAUGGGCGGGGGUCCGAUGAUGGGGAGCUUCAUGGGGCCAAGAUUGGAGGCGGACGGAUGGGAGACGGUGAGCAUGGGGAGGAGGAGCAGGAAGGAAAGCACGGGAGUGCUGCCGAUGCCGGGGAGCGGAGGAUUUGGUGGGGUGGGCGGUCCGAUGGGCGGAGGAAUGCCAGGAGCGAUGGGUCAUCAGGGGCGUUACGGUUCUCCGUCGAUGCGGACGAGCAGCGUGGGUGCGAGGGUGCUGCCGCAAGGCAGCGGUGGGUACGGGUUCAUGGGGAAGCCAAGCGCAUUGCUGGGCAAUGCUCCCGCGAAGCCAGCGGUGGAGGUGGCGAAGGCGCCAGAAGUAGUGAGGGAAGCCGUCCGGCCAGCAGUGGCAGCCCAAGCACCGGCUGCAGGAGGUGGGGCUCCGGCGGCGGAGCUGACGAAGAAGUCGGAGUCGCUGUUGAAGGAGUACUUGUCGAUUGUGGAUUUGAACGAGGCGGCACUGUGCGUACAAGAGCUGAAGAAUCCAGGGUUCCAUCCGGAGUUGGUGAAGAUCGCGAUUUCGACAGCCCUGGACAUGCGCGAGAAAGAGUGCAACUUGGUGCUGAAGCUGCUGUUGCACUUGCAGUCGAAGGGGGUGAUAUCGAGCGGGGACUUGCGGGGAGGUGUGUUGAUGGUGAUGGAAGGGCUGGAGGACAUGGCGAUGGAUGCGCCGUUGGCUCCGAAGCAGUUGGGAAGCAUGAUUGCAGGUCUGGUUUUGGCUGGGGCGUCAGAGCUCCGGUUGGUGCAGGAGGCAGUAGCUAAGCUGGAGGACGAGUUUGUACAGAAGGAUGUGUUAAAGGGUGUAGUGAACAAGUUGAAAGAGAACGAAGCGCAGCUUGAUGAGGUGUGUCGGAGGGCUUCUGUGGACAAAGAAGGUCUGUUGAGUGUUACUGUUGUUGCGGACAUUGCGAGACUAUGUUGAGUGAUGGUAUGUAGGUUGAUGGGGUAUUGAGAUUUGGUUUUUAAGCACGACUGUUGUUGCUGUUUCUGUCUGCUACAUUUCAAGACUCUCUGAGAUAGGGAUUGUUCUUAAUUUAUGGGAUGAUUGUCACACUUCCUGAGGUAUUCUAUUCAUAUAAGCUCUGUCACGUCUCUUGUUUUUGAGACCUGCCCGACUUCUUUUUGCACUGGAUUAUAGCUUGUACUUUUCGUUAUCAACCUUAGUAAAACCAAAUUUGGCUAGUGUUACUUUAUUUCCAGAGAGAUAGUUAUUUUCCGUGCGAUGAUCUAUUACACGCAGAUUCAAGCCUACGCAUGACUGUCUUUGUGAUAGUAUUGGAAGCGUGUUUAAUUCAGUAUCGUCCAUUUCUAUCUGUAA